AUGGCUUCUGACUAUUCCUCCACUUGCUGCUCUUCUGAGUCGGGUGUCAGGGCUUCUGAUCGGGCACUUGCUUCAACCUGUUCCGUGGAAACCACUUGUCUCCCCAGUGCCUGUGCUACAUCCAGAUGCCAGGCCCCCAGUUUCCUAUCGAGGUCUCGCGUGCCAACUGGGUGCCUCGCGCCGUGCUGCUUUGCUGGGAGUUGUAAUGUUCCGUGCUCGGUGGGGAACUGUGCCUGGUGUGAGGAUGGCAUGUUCAACAGCAACGAGGAGACGAUGCAGUUUCUGAAUGACAGACUCGCCAAAUAUCUGGAGAAGGUGCGGGGGCUGGAGGAGAUGAAUGCGGAGCUGGAAUGCAGGAUCCGAGAACAGUGUAAAGAGGAUGUCCCCUUGGUGUGCCCUGAUUAUCAGUGUUACUUCGACACCAUUGAAGAUAUCCAGCAAAAGAUCUUGUGUACAAAGGCAGAGAAUUCUAGAGUUGCUGUACAGCUUGACAACUGCAAACUGGCUGCCGAUGACUUCAGGUCAAAGUACGAGUCUGAACUGUCUCUUUGCCAGCUGGUAGAGAAUGACAUAAGUGGCCUGCGUGGGAUCCUGGGUGAGCCAACCCUGUGCAAAUCCAAUCUGGAGGCCCACGCGGAGUCUCUGAAGGAUGAUCUCCUUUGCCUUAAGAAAAACCAUGAAGAGGAAAUCAAUUCCUUACAGAGCCAGCUUGGGGACAGACUCAACAUUGAAGUGACCGUUGCCCCUUCUGUUGACCUAAACCAGCUUCUACAAGAAAUGAGACGUCAAUAUGAGUCCAUCACGGAGAAAAACCACAGAGAUGUAGAACAGUGGUUCAACGCACAGAUGGAGGAGCUGAACCAAGAGGUGGAGACCAGCACUCAACAGCAGCAGUGCUUCCAGAAGGAGAUCAUUGAACUGAGAUGCACCAUGAACACUCUACAGAUUGAACUGCAGGCCCAGCACCGAAUGAGAUAGUCCCAGGAAUGUGCCCUGGCAGAGACAGAGGCCCGCUACACAGCCUUCCGGGCCCAGAUCCAGUGUCUGAUCGAUAACCUAGUGGCUCAGCUGGCAGAGAUCUGGGGGACUCUGGAAAGACAAAACCAAGAAUAUGAGAUUCUGCUGGACGUCAAGUCCCGGCUAGAGCGUGAGAUUACCACAUACCGCAGCCUUCUGGAGAGCUCAGAUGGCAAGCUUCCCUGUCACCCAUGUGCCACCAAAUGUGAGCCUUCCACUUGCAUAUCCAGUAAGGCCAGAGCCCUAGUUCACACAUUCCUCACCCCCUGUGGGAUACACGAGUCCCACGGUGCCUGCAAAACCCUGCUGAGAAUUCUGGUUAAAAUCUGCACCAUCACCGAGGAGAUUAAGGAUGGGAGAGUCAUUUCUUCUCAUGAGCACGUGCAGCCUUGCUUCAUCACCAGAACUGCCAAAGUCUCACAUCCCAAGGUGAUAAAAAUAACCCUCAUUCAUGAAAGAGAGGCCAAUACUUGCUCCUGCCAGAGAGGUUUAAGAACUCCCCAGUUCCUUAAGAGAUGGUCCCCAGUAGACCCCAUACACGCCAUCAACAUUAACUGGGAAAUCAACUGGGGACGGGUCAGAGCUGCUCGGUCUGCUCUGAGGUUUGAUUCCAACAAGAUUCAGGGUUUAGGAGCCUCGCUGGACUCAGGCAAACCUCAGGCUGAUAUGAAAGUGACCAAGUUUGGUGCUCCCUUCUCUGUAUCCUUCUCUAAAGAACCACCAAACAAUCAAGAAGGCCUUUCUUCUAAGCCAGAGGCAAAAAUCUCUGAUAUUACACCUCCUUAUGUUGGCCCAGUGGGCCUAGCAGGUGCUUGA